AUGUCGGUCCCCUCGCUCUUCCGCUCCUCGCUCCGCAGGUCAUUGGCCAGGCCACUCGUCUCGGCAUCCGCAUCCACCUCGGCCCUGCCCUCGGCAUCACCUGCCGCCGCACCCGCCGCCACCCGUCAGCUCCACUCGGUCCCGCCCAUGCCCGAGCUCCUCGACAAUGGCUGCGCACCUUUCCUCUCCCAGCAGACCGUACACCAGAUCGCAAACGAGUGGCAGGCCGGCCUCCUCGACCUCCUCAACCAGGAAGUCAGGGACACCGAGUACGCAACCUCGAGCAUCGUAGAGACCGUCAUCGGCCUCUCGCAGAGCCGCGAAAAGAUCCUCGCCUUCAACUACGCAAGCCAGGCACUCAACAACAGCUUCUUCCUCUCGAGCAUCGCGCCACAAGGUAGCCUGCGCAACACUACACCGCUAGUCAGGACGUCGGACGCCAUCUCCAAGUCGUUCAACAGCUACCCGGAAAUGUGCCUGGCGUUUUCGUCGGCCGCGUUUGGCAUGUCCGGCAGCGGCUGGGUGUGGCUGGUGACGGAUCAGAGCGGCAACCUGGGCGUGGUGCCCACCUAUGGCGCGGGCACCGUCGUGGUGCAGAACCGGAUGCAGCAGGGCAAGCACUUUGCGCUGCCCAGCAUCAACGACGGCCAGGGCGGGCCCGAGGGGACGGACCCCAACGCGAUGCCGGCGGCCGCGCGCCCCGGGCGGCCGUCAAGCGCGCGGCUGUUUGCCACCGAGGUGGGCAAGGAGCUCUACCCGCUGCUCAACAUCAGCGUGCACGAGCACGCCUGGCUCAACGACUACGGCAUCAUGGGCAAGGAAGAGUACCUGACAAGAUUCUGGAACUGCGUCAACUGGGACCGCGUCGAGGAGCGCUUCAAGGAGUACUGCCCCUCGGCGCAGCCGCUGCACUAG